UUCCAAUAUAAGUGGAGAUCCGCAUUGUCUUUUUGGGGGGUACGCGAGGUAUCAGUCGAGCAGGGAAGUCAACCGUCCCUAUGCUGGAGACUGGAAGAAGAGACAGGCUCGUUCAUGCAUCGAUUGCCUGCAUGUGAAUUCAGCCCCGAACGAAAAUUCUUUUUUCUUUUAAAGAGACGGUGGGCUGAAUUGGAAUCGCGAGAUUUUUCGUCUUAUCAUGUCCGAGACACCGGCCGCACCCUCCGUGUCUCCGUCUGUGGUUGUGACUGUUCGUAACUUCGUUAAGCAGUUUUGUUUCCUCCACUGGGAUCGUUUUCAUGUAUCUUUUAUCAAAGAGUAAAAUACGCUUCUCGAGUGUUUUCUUUGACGUGGAGGUGACUCUUGGUGGGUCCGCGCAUACUUCUCACAACCACCACCGAGGCCUGGCCAAGAUCGCAAGCGCCGGAACCGGAAACCUCUGUCGCGAUACAAUUUAAACGUAUGUGUAUGUAUCUGUAUAUAUAUAUAUAUAAUAUGCAUAUGUCAUGAUCCGUCUACAUGUGCGUAUGUGUAUGCGUGAAACGUAGCUGCGAGGAUAUCGUUCAAGACACUGUCACUCCUGGUGGUUACCGAAUUACGCUGCGGUGGAGCAUCGACGAAAUCCGACCCGAGUCUGCGCUAUGCGAGAGGCACCUGACACGCAUGCAGAAACGUCACCCUCGUCUUCUGCAGCCUCGUGUCCGUGUGGCUCGUCGGCCGAGGCGAGGGUAUCUCCGCAACUCAGGGAGGCGGGGAAAGUGUCAAAACUCCCUCCAAAUCGCGAGCAAAUUGGCCGUGCCAGCUGGAGGGUUUUGCACUCUAUGGCUGCACGCUAUCCUGAAGUGCCGACUUCUCGACACACUCUGGAGGCUGCCGCAUGGAUUUUUGCCUUCUCUGCGUUGUAUCCGUGCCAGAUCUGCCGUCUAGAGUUCUUUCCUAUCCUUGCUAACCUGCCUCCAAGGCUAGAUUCUCGGGAGUCGUUCGUUCUUUGGGCCUGUGCGGUGCAUAACAAAGUAAACGAGGAUAUUUCCGCUCCACUUUACGCCUGCAACCUGGAAGCACUGAAGGCGUUGGGGAGAUGAGGGUUUUCCAACCGUUCCUCUCGGUUGUCUAGAGGGGAGCUUUUUUCUCUCUGGUGGUCACAACAAACUGUCAUUUGUUUUGCCGCUCAUCCUUACUGCUUAACAUGCCGCUUCUCUUCCGUUUUUGUACAGACUGCGUGCAGUUUCCGUUGUAGUGCUUCUCUAAUCAAUCCGAG